AAAUCCACGGUCACACUGCCAACAACUCAAAAGCUCCGUUUUUUAGUGGUUGCCGGUAAAAAUAUAUAUUUUAAACUGAAAGGUAAACCAAAUAAAUGUUGUUCAGCACCAUUGAGAAAUAAGUUAGCUGGAACACAGCCGUCGAUAGCAGGCCGCAGAGACUUGUUCGCUCUCGCCAGCGCCAACGCUACAUUUGCCGCCAUUUUGCCUCGCAUACACAUACAAAUUUACCGUUUAAGCGCUGCAUCAGCAGAAAAAUUGUGCAAAAGUGAUAAUUUCUCACGUGUUGGCUGGGCGCUGCAUUUUCUCUCAAAAUAAAACGAAGAGCUGUUUCCGAAAUGUCAGAACUAGACUGGGAUGAGCCAGAUGCUGAUCACGCACCUGCAACUAAUAUGUAUAAGCGUGAUAAUAAGGAUUUUCACGACAAGUACGAGCGCAACGUGAGACGCGACGAAAACUCGCGUGGUCAGCGCGGCUACGGCGAUCGCAACAGGGACAACCAUGACGAUUAUGGUCAUGGUCAGGGACGCCGCGAGCGCAGUGAUAAUGGUGGCGGAGGGUUUGCUAAAAGCGCGGAGUACGCUCUCUCCGAGGUGAUCAAUAUUGGCGCAGACAUGAUUGGACGGAUUAUAGGCCGCGCUGGAUCCAAUGUGACUCGCAUCCAAACCGAUUUCGAUGUGCGCGUCAACGUGGAUAAGGGCGAUUUGACUGUGAAGAUCCUGGGCAAUAUCCAGAGGAACGUCAGCGAUGCCGCCAAUUACAUACGAAAUCAGAUAUCAAGCGAUUCGGGAAAUCGCGACAGGGACAGAGGCUCCCAUGGUCGCGGCGAUGAAGGUACAUCUAGUUAUGGAGGAGGCGGUGGAUCCAGCUAUGGCGGAGGAGGUGGUUCCAGUUACGGAGCAGGAGGUGGAUCCAGUUACGGAGCAGGAGGUGGAUCCAGCUAUGGCGCAGGGGGUAGUUCCAGCUAUGGCGCAGGAGGUGGCGGUGGAUCCGGCUAUGGUCGGUAUCGUACCGAACCUAGCAGCAGCUAUGACGAUGCCUCAUCUAAUAAUAAUCAAGAUGGCGACUUAACUGGCACCAUUGAUUGGGCCGGCCUUAACAAGGCCUCUGAAAAAGCUGCAGCAGCGCGUUGGGCCAAACUUCCCCAAUUGACAAAGAACUUUUACAAGGAGGCCCCUGAGGUGGCGAACCUAAGCGACGCGGAAGUGCAACGCCUGCACACGGAGAACAACAAUACGACUGUUUCCCUUGUGUUUGAGCCGAAGGAGGGCGAAGCUGCCCCACCCAUACCGAAUCCAGUAUGGAAAUUCGAGCAAUGCUUUGCCGAAUAUCCCGAUCUGCUGGGCGAAAUCGAGAAGCAGGGCUUCCCCAAGCCCUCGCCCAUUCAGUCGCAGGCAUGGCCCAUUCUGCUCAAGGGUCAUGAUAUGAUUGGCAUUGCCCAGACCGGCACAGGCAAGACGCUGGCCUUCCUGCUGCCCGGCAUGAUACACACCGAGUAUCAAAGCAUUCCCAGGGGUCAGCGUGGCGGCGCCAAUGUCCUUGUGCUGGCGCCCACUCGCGAGCUGGCGCUCCAGAUUGAAAUGGAGGUGAAGAAGUAUUCUUUCCGCGACAUGAGGGCGGUUUGCAUUUAUGGAGGCGGAAGUCGUCGCAAUCAGAUCUCAGAUGUGGAGCGUGGAGCGGAGAUUAUCAUCUGUACGCCCGGGCGUCUGAACGAUUUGGUUCAGGCCAAUGUCAUAGACGUAAGCAGCAUCACCUAUCUGGUAUUGGACGAAGCGGAUCGUAUGCUGGACAUGGGCUUCGAGCCCCAGAUACGCAAGGUCUUGAUGGACAUUCGUCCCGAUCGCCAGACCAUUAUGACAUCGGCCACCUGGCCGCCUGGCGUGCGCCGUCUCGCCCAAAGCUACAUGAACAAUCCCAUCCAGGUGUGCGUCGGUUCCCUCGAUCUGGCAGCCACACACUCGGUGAAGCAGGUCAUUGAGCUGCUCGAGGAUGAGUCUGAGAAAUACGGCAUCAUCAAAUCCUUUGUCAAGAACAUGACAAAGACCGACAAAAUAAUCGUCUUCUGCGGCCGCAAGGCACGCGCCGACGAUCUAUCCAGUGACUUGACCCUGGAAGGGUUCAUGACCCAGUGCAUACACGGCAGUCGCGAUCAGAGUGACCGCGAACAGGCCAUAGCCGACAUUAAGUCGGGCGUGGUGCGUAUUCUCAUAGCCACCGAUGUGGCCUCUCGUGGCCUGGAUAUCGAGGAUAUCAGUCAUGUGAUCAACUAUGAUUUCCCACGCAACAUCGAGGAGUAUGUGCACCGUGUGGGCCGUACGGGACGCGCUGGCCGUACCGGCACCUCCAUUAGCUUUAUCACACGUUCGGACUGGGGAAUGGCCCAAGAGCUGAUUAACAUUUUGCAGGAGGCUGACCAGGAGGUUCCUGAGCAGCUUCACAACAUGGCCAGACGUUUCAAGGCCAUGAAGGAGCGCCGCGCCGCUGAAGGCGGAGGCGGCGGAGGAGGACGUAGCGGCGGUGGAGGCUAUGGUGGUGGAAGUGGUGGCUAUGGUGGUGGUGGUGGCCGCAGCGGCGGUGGAGGACGCGGUGGCGGGGGCGGUCGCUUCGAUCGCUUUGAGUUUUGAAUUAAUUAACAAAAGCACAAAAUUUCUAGUUUUAAGCCACACACUCUGUGAAGCACGCCACUGAGCUGCUGGAGACGAGACGUACCCCCAUC